GCCCAUACAUCUGCCUGUGAUCAUUCGCUCCUCCACGUAUACGGAUAAAGUUCAAACCAGCCACGUCAGCGUUGCGUUCUUUGCAGUCAAGCAAAGCACAGCACAGCCUCUCUUUCGUCUUCCCUCAGUUUCUCUCAGAUUUUCCUGCGAACCAAACAGAACUCUUGUGCUCAAUUGUUAUUUCUCGCUAUAUAUUUGUUCCAUCUUUUUAUGGCAGUUCAGUUGCAGAAUCGCAACUUCAUACCUUCGAGCUCUUCAAAUCCAUAUGUGUCAUGGAGUAGUUUUAGUGGAACUCACAAAUCCCCCAAAAGAGUGGCUUACUUGGAUCACCUGUUGAGUAAUUGGGGCGGUUCAGGUAAGAGAUGCCUUGUUAGACUUACUCUUUCAGUGAAUUAUGAUCACGGUCUCAGGUGUCGAUGGGUGGGUUAUUCGAAAAGCCAUUCAAAAUUCCGUAAAUCAAGGAGGAUGGGACAACUUUGUCCACAUGCAUCUGCUGAUGAUGGUUUAACUGUUAAUGGGAGCCCCCAAAAAAGUACCAGUAAUGGUAUAGAGGAAAUGAGAACUAAACUUAAUCAAUCACUGCAAGGUGGAGACUACAAUGAUGGACUAGUUCAAUCUUUGCAUGACGCAGCCAGGGUUUUUGAGUUGGCAAUCAAAGAACAGGGUUCAUUGUCAAAAUUAUCAUGGUUUUCCACAGCCUGGCUUGGUGUAGACAGAACUGCAUGGGUGAAAACACUCUCUUAUCAGGCUUCUGUCUAUUCCAUAUUGCAAGCAGCAAGUGAGAUUUCGUCCCGAGGUGAAUGUAGAGACAAAGAUGUCAACAUUUUUGUUCGAAGGAGUUUAUUAAGACUAUCUGCUCCCUUAGAGAGCUAUAUCAGGGAAGAACUAUCAGCCAAGCAACCUGAAGCAUAUGAAUGGUUUUGGUCUGAACAAGUUCCGGCGGUGGUGACAUCUUUUGUUAAUCAUUUUGAAGGAGAUUCACGCAUCACUUCUGCAACUGCUUUGAGAGGGAGAGGCACAUCACUGGGUUCUGGGAAUACAAUUGGCGUAUCACUCCUUAUGCUUGCAUUGACUUGUAUUGCUGUGAUUACGAAACUUGGCCCAGCAAAAAUUUCUUGCGCGCAAUUUUUUUCCACAAUUCCUGACAUAACUGGUAGAUUGAUGGACUUGCUGGUGGACUUAAUUCCUAUAAGCAAAGCUUAUCAUUCUAUCAAUGAUAUUGGUCUACGCAGAAAAUUUCUCGAUCACUUUGGUUCUCGAGCUGCAGCAUGCAGAGUGCAAAGUGAUUGUAAUUCAGAAGAGGUUAAUUUCUGGGUGGAUCUUGUACAAAACCAGCUGCAACGAGUUAUAGAUAGAGAGAGAAUAUGGUCAAGGCUAACAACGUCAGAGAGCAUUGAGGUAUUGGAGAGGGAUUUGGCCAUUUUCGGAUUCUUUAUUGCCUUAGGCCGGAGUACGAAGUCCUUUCUAGUUGCAAAUGGUUAUGAUGAUUUAAAUGAUCCUAUCGAAGGCUUUGUCAGGUUCCUUAUCGGGGGCAGUAUACUGUACUAUCCUCAGCUUUCAUCAAUUAGUUCUUAUCAAUUGUAUGUAGAGGUAGUCUGUGAAGAGCUGAACUGGCUUCCAUUUUAUCCAGGCGGUGCCAGCACCUCGAAACAGUCUCAUGGCCACAGAAGUAAGCUAGACGGUCCUCCCAAUCCCGAGGCUAUCCCUCAAGUAUUGGAUGUCUGCUCUCACUGGAUACAGAGUGUUAUUAAAUACAGUAAAUGGCUGGAGAGCCCUUCUAAUGUCAAAGCGGCUAAGUUCCUCUCUAGAGGGCACAAGAAGUUAAUGGAGUGCAAGGAAGAAUUUGGGAUAUCAAGGAAUGAAAUGAUUGAAAGCAAUGAAAAUGAUACUGUUGAGAGGUCUGGAUCUGUAACUUACCCACCAAGUGAGAAGGAGCCAGAAUCUUUUGACAGGGCAUUGGAGAGUGUUGAAGAAGCUCUAAUAAGACUGGAAAAUUUGCUUCAAGAGUUGCAUGUAUCAAGCUCAAAUUCUGGGAAAAAACAACUCAAAGCUGCUUGUUGUGACCUUGAGAAAAUAAGGAAGCUUAAGAAACAGGCUGAAUUUCUAGAGGCAUCUUUCAGAGCAAAAGCAGAUUUCCUUCAGCAGGGAGACGAUGAGAGUGAUUUUCAAUCUUGUUUCAAAAAGCAGCGAGUAUACUUGAAAGGGGAUAAAAGAAAUUUGAAAGUGACACUAGAUAGGAGUAGCAGUAAAUCUCGUGGGUUAUGGAGCUUCUUUUUCCGUCCCCCAACAAGGAAGCCUGACUCUGGAAUAUCAGUUGCGGGUGGACCUGGAAAUGAAUUUAUUGAGCAAACAAUCUCAAUUCAAGAUACUGUUGUGUCAGAUUCCGAUGAAAUUCGCCGUUUUGAAGUUCUAAGGAAUGAGUUAAUGGAACUUGAAAAGCGAGUUCAGAGAAGCACUGGUCAAUCAGAAAAUGAGGAGGAUACUUAUGGUAAAGAUGAUGGUAUUAAUUAUCUCGAUGAUGCUAAUACUCAUUUGGCUCAGUUCCAGAAGAAAGAAAAUAUAAUUGAAAAAUCAUUUGAGAAGCUGAAGGAAGCUAGCACGGAUGUGUUGCAAGGAACUCAGCUUCUGGCUAUCGAUGUUGCUGCUGCUACAGGGUUGCUUAGAAGGGUCCUCAUAGGAGAUGAAUUAACCGAAAAAGAAAAGAAAGCUCUUCGGAGAACUCUGACAGACUUGGCAUCAAUUGUUCCCAUAGGUUUUCUAAUGCUUCUUCCUGUUACGGCAGUUGGUCAUGCUGCCAUGUUGGCUGCUAUCCAGAGAUAUGUACCGGCUUUGAUACCGUCCACAUAUGGAUCAGAAAGGUUGGAUCUCUUGAGGCAGCUUGAGAAAUUGAAGGAAAUGGAAGCCAGUGAGGUGGACUCUGUGGAGAAUGAAGACAAAUUAUCGUAGCUAAAUUAUUUUCAUCCUUGAGGAAUGAAAUAAAUCUCAAGAUGAGGUCAGGUAUAAGGACUUGUGCAUCAUCAGAUGAAACAGAAACACCAAUGCCUCGGGUAACUCGUUCCUAGAGUUUCCAUGAGCAAUGUAGGAACCCUUUUGAACUUCAGGUAAGUUAAUCGCAUCAGUUUCUGCUUCAUUUAAUUAUCCAGGUUCAUUUGUUUGCAUUCUCAUAUUUUCACGUAUACCUGUCUGUUCCCAUUUUAUCAAGUGCGGUUACAAUACUUGCCUGUAAUGUACUGGAGAGUAGCUUCGAAAGAAAGUGAGUCUUGUUAGUAUCUAAACUCUUCAUUGCCCAUGGCUGCCAUGUUUGCAGGGACCUACGAAAUGCUUCAAAGUUCAAACACGUUCAUUGUCAUGUUUAGUUUCUCCCAUUCCAGGAAAUAGCAGCCCCUGAAAAAAGAAACAGGUUUUAGAUCUCUCUUACCCAAAAUUAUGAGUGAAGAGGAUGGACAAUUUAGCUUUUAGCCUUUCAGAGAUGUUAAAAAAGAAAGACUUGUACAUCUUGGUGGUUUUAUCUUCAUUCCACCCAUGCCAGCGUUGAAAAUCAGUACAUCUGCUCCAACCCACUUCUCUGAGUACCAGUGCACCUGGUCGACCCUGAUGGUCAUUUUCAUUUUCACCUGGUCCACUGUGAGGUUGUAUUCAUCGAAUCGCAUGGAGAGGCAUCCCUUGUGUUUAGUAAUGGGAUUCUCAUUUUCUUCAUGGAUUGUUGACAGGUUGGAAAAUCCUUGGUGCAAGCAUGCACACCAAAGACUCCCACUGGUUUCUUCCAAUGGAGUCACCAGCAAAAACUAUACGCCCAUUCCUGCUCCUUUCUAGCAGGUUGCUUGCAUUGAUUCUGAUUAUUGCUUGAAGGGGACACAAAAGGUUAGAUAUAUUUUAUAUUCGUUGACAUGUGAUAUGCAUACUCGAGUUGUCCUUGAAUAGUUAGAUUCUUUUCGAGUCUUGAAUACUUCAAGGGAAAUCUAUGAGUUUAGUCUAAAAUGAAUUAAAACCGGAGGGAGUCAGACACCGAUAUAAUUCUAGACAUGCGUUGUAUGGAUGUAGUCCGUUUUGUGUAACCUUCUUACCUUGGAAGAUCACAGCCGUAGGGUUGCCACCUCCAGUUGAGAUACUCCGCAUCCAUCCUUCCAUUCUGACGACUACGAAAUCCAGAAUCAGGAAACGGACAGUUCUCCCCAUAGAACCGAAGUGGGUAUCUUUUGUCUCGAACCCAUCUUCCAUAAGAGUAAUCGCAUACACGAGAUUGUCUCAAAGGGUCUACAGUAUUCAAUAUAACAAUUGAGAGGAGAUUAGGAUGAUGAGCAAACAGAUUAGUGCAUAAAGAAUUUGUCUCUUGAUAAUUAAGGUCACGUAGAGGAGUUGGAACCAUUUGGUGAUGGACUGAGGAUCCAUUAGAAGAGGAGGUUUUUCGUUAAAAC